AUAUAAACAUAUAGAACAAACUACAUUGGGUCUCCACGUUCCGCUGCGUGGUUCGGUAUCGCGGUGGAUUAUUCAACAGCCUGUCGUCCCCCAGACUCACUGGAGCCACACACUGCUGGCGGUAGAAGGCACCGCUCUGCACGGCGGUCUGUUGGGACCAGGCAUGAAGGGAGACAAGUGAGGCUGGAGUUGGACUUAUUUUAUUUUGCAUACAACUCUAUGGAAUAGGAGGCCUGAUGCCGACUGACUUGAGCCAGAGACCGAGAGGUAGAGUAUGGAUCUCCUCGGAGGACAGUAGAAUGGAGAGUAUCCUGCAGGUGGGCAACGUAUCGAUCUGCCCUCCUCGUCAUUACUUAUCAGGGAGGCUGCUGGACUUUUGAGAAGCGAUCUUCUGAUUGAUUCAUGUUAUCCGAGCUUUGGACAGCCAUCAUCCCGCAAACAUGAGGAACCCUCAUGGGGGGGCCGACGAAUGGAAUAAACCCGACAGCACCAAAGCAGAUGGGUCGGCGGCGUCUGUCCCGGGGAUCAUGAACAAGAAGUUUAAGAGGAAGUCCCGCAAGCCCAAGCGGCUGUACAGCAGCGCGCUGGACGACUCUGCGGAAGACUUUCAACAAGGUAACCUCCUAGAAGAUGAGAAUCAGGAGGAACUAUGUGGACUAGGGCAUCAAGCCCCGGUACCGAAACACUCAACAACCGACGGUAAGCAGCAGAUAACGUCGAGUCAGAACGACGCCUUAGACAUGAGGAUCGGUCAUCAAGUCCCCGCCAUCACCGCACGGUUGUCCCAAUCCCCUGUCUCUCAGCUGCCUCACCUGCGCACCUCUCGCUGGUUCACAUCCAUUUCCCAUCACCAGUCCAAUGGCAACACGUUUGUUCCUGCACUUGGGUUCCCUGCAUUGAACACAGCCAACCCAAGCCACGACCCUGCCCCCGUCGUCCACCACCCGCACGCCUAUCCCCAGGACCGCUCACUGCCCGGUCACCUGGGUGGGGGCCAGGACAGAGGCGACAGAGCGGUCAUUGUACCGGUGUCAACCGGAGCCUAUCGGACAGACGGGCACUCCUCAGACAGCCAGGAGGACUCGCCCCAGGAGUCGGGGUCUAGACCCGACCCCCCCCCUGGGGGUGUGCCGGAGAUCAAAGCUGUGCAGCAGACCCGCAGACUGCUGGCCAACGCCAGGGAGAGAACCCGCGUCCACACCAUCAGCGCCGCCUUCGAAGCCCUGAGGAAACAGGUGCCCUGUUACUCCUACGGCCAGAAGCUGUCCAAGCUGGCCAUCCUGCGCAUCGCCUGCAACUACAUCCUGUCCCUGGCCCAGCUGGCCGAGCUGGACGACGCCUCCGCUGACCACAGCAGCCUGACCUUCUCCCAGUGCGUGGAGCAGUGCACCCGCACGCUGCAGGCUGAGGGCCGCAGCAAGAAACGCAAGGAGUGACCAGGCCAGAGGAUUAAGGUCUGUCUUCUCCAGUCCUUCUCCUCACCAUGGGACUCACUGUAAGAGGAGAGAACAUCUGAAUGCAAAUCAGAAGAGCACAGCCAGAAGAGGAAGGAGGAUGUUAAGGAGGCUGCUGAACUCCAAAAGAAUAGGUGUUUCUACAGCAGUUACUGCACUAAAAGGGGUCUGAAGUAUAUAGUUAAUAAGUUAAUGGAAGCUCUAAUCUUUCGGUGAAUGCAGUAAAGAACAUGAUGGAGUACGGAUCACACAGAGGGUCCGCUGACGAUGAAGGAAGCGGACUGGGUUGAGACUCACGGUCUGAAGUAGACCUCCAGACAGAAGACCUUGUUAUCACUGACGGCCUACUCUUGUCUUAACCCUUGAGCAUCUCCAUCAGGCUGGGUAAUAAUAAAAGGUGCUUGAUUCUCAACCUCAUAUUUUUACCCCUUUACAUUUCCUGUCUCCCAUUUCUGCUCCACAUUGCACGUUUUCUGGCUUUAUAUUUUCUAUGUAAGGAUGGGGUCUUUCUUGUUAUAGUUUAUAUGUAACACAAUGCACUCUUAUUAGGAAAAUGGAAUUUGGAAUGUUUUCAUUUGAUUGAUACUUGAGUUUAAUUGUUGGAGCUCAACUGUCAAAUAAUCUAACUUGGAUUAUUGCUAAUGAUAAUGCAAUCAGGCUGUUGACUACAGUGGGCCGACCCACUGGGCUACAUAUUAAUGUUCCAUCAUCUGAUGUGUGCACAUUGAUUGAUAAACAACACAAAUAAUAGAAUACAGAAUCAUUCAUCUGUGUUUCGUUUUGAAGAGGAUAUGAGUUGCUAUCAUGUACAACAAGGUGAAACGGCCUUAAGGUAAUUUCAUGUUUGUUUUUUGUCAUAGUGUAAUGGUAUGUUAAUUUGAUAUUUGAAUUUUUACAUUAAAAUUACACUCUAAUAGAA